UGCCCUGACGCUGAUUGAGGGGGUUAGAGAGAGAGAGAGAGAGAGAGAGCGAGGGAGAGAUGGCGAAGGCCAAACGGAAAGAAGAUGAAACCGGGAGAGGAAAGAAGAGGAAAACAAUGGAAGAUCAGAGCAAGGUGCAGGUGCAGAGUAAGAAUAAGAACAGAAAGAGUAGUAAAAGUGUCAGUAAUGGCGUAAAAGAUCAGAUAAUCGAGGACGAUGAGCCGGAAGUUCUGGUCGCACCGAAUUCGAGUUCUGACUCUGAAAACGACCAGGAAGACGAAUUUGCUCGAGUUGAAGAUACCGAGGGCGAGGAAGAAGAAGAAGAGAGCGCUGAGGCAGCGAGGCAGCAACGAGAUGGGAACGAGAAGAAGAAGAGGAAGAAGAAGAAGGGGGAUACGGAUAAGAAUGAUAAAAAGAAGAAUAAGAAGAAGAAGAAGAAGGGGGAGACGGACAAGAAUGAGAAGGAGAAGAAGAAGAAAAGGGACACGGAUAAGAAUGAGAAGAAGAAGAAGAAGAAGAAAGGGGAUACGGAAAAGAAUGAGAAGAAGAAGAAAGGGGACACGGAAAAGAAUGAGAAAAAGAAGAAGAAGGGGGACACGGAUAAGAUUGAUAAGAAGAAGAAUAAGAAGAAGCAGAAGGAUAAGGAUAGCAAUGCGGAGAAUGAGAUUGAUUGUGCAUUUCCUAUGAGCCGUGUCGGUAGGAUGAUAAAGAGCGAGGAUCCUGAUAUUCGCAUAUUCAACGACGCCAUUUUUCUCAUCAACAAAGCUUCGGUAAAGUUUCUUGAAUUAUUUUGUAGGGAAGCAUAUGCUUGUGCUUUUCUGGAUCGUAAGAAUCAACUCGAGUACAAGCAUCUAUCAUCGGUUGUUGGUAAGAGAAAGAGAUUUGACUUCCUUUCAGAUUUUGUUCCCCAAAAAGUGAAGGCUGAGGAUGCUUUGGCGGAGGUUUCAUCUGCUGGGACUUAAAAAGGCUAUGUUUCUCAAGGUGCAUAUUCCGUGGGCCCUUAAGCCUGAUCUUAGGAUCCCUUAGCCUAGUUUUGGUCUUCUCCGGGCUGGGGGAGUAGGAUGCCACGACAACCUCUGGGUUAGGAUGUCUCUUCUUUUCUUUAAGGAGCCAUGGAUAAAUCACCUGAGAGCUCAUCAGCUAGCUUACGAGUUCAUCCUCGAACUCAUCAUCGGGUGUCUUCUUUAUGCAAGGAUGGGCGCAGUUUGGAGAGGAUAUUAAAUACAUUAGAAAAGGCCUAAGAAAGCAACCGUGCUCUUCAAUUUUUCUCUUGUAAAUUGCAUAUGUAUGUAUCUCUACUAAGUGGAAACUAAUGGGUCAUAGGAAUUGCUUCUCAGGCUUGGCUCCUUGAAGCAUUGUUAUAGGGCUACCUUAUGUUGAAAUGCCACGAUUUUAACUGAGUUGCUGCUGCUGCUUCAGAUUCAGAUUCGAGAAUCUUCUCUUUGAACAAA